AUGGAAGAGCAAGAAACGGUCGAAGAGCCUGCAGCCAAAAUCUCGAGGAUCCAGCCGAAACUCGUCGUCCCAGAGGGCAUCUCAAAGAAGCAAUAUAAAAAGCAGCUGAAAACGGAGAGGUAUAAUGAGAAAAAGCUGGUACGCCGGGCGGAGGAAAAGCUCAAGCGAAAAGAGAAGAAAGCCAAGCUAAAGGCCGAGGGUCGCGGAAACGAGCUGGCCGGACGGCGAAAGCACAAUAAGAUGGCAAACAGCACAUCCAAGUAUUUCGACAAAACCUCCGAGCAGUGGGAUGUCCAUUUGCGGUCUGAGCCGUUGGAGCAGGUGUUCAACCCCAGCGAGAUUGUCUACUUGACUGCCGACUCGGAAAAUGUGAUCACCGAGCUGGACGACACGAAAGUGUACGUCAUCGGCGGCAUCAUCGACCACAACAGCCACAAGAACCUAUGCUACAACCUGGCGCUAGAAAAGGGAUUUUCCCACGCCCGGCUGCCCAUCGGCGAGCAUAUCAAGAUGAACUCCAGAAAGGUGCUGACCAUCAACCAUGUCUUCGAGAUUCUCGUCCGGAAAACGGAAGGUCUUUCCUGGGCCGACUGCCUGCUCAAGGUUUUGCCGCAGCGGAAGAGCGCUAAGCUGAAAGAGGACGGCACCGAGGAGCCCGAUGUUGACGAGGAGGCCGAGCCACCUGUGGAUGAUGACCGCCCUGACGUCGAGCCCUCUGACGUCGAGCCUUCGACGAAAGACGAAGUUGCAGCCGGCGGUGAUGCAAAUGUCGGGCAGCCCAGU